AUGACCCAGGAUCAGCUCCACAUGGGUCUGAGGAAGGAUGUCCGAUCUCUGCUGAUAUCUGCCAAGCAUGGCUUGACCCCCGAACAGCUCAAAAGAGAUUACCAGACCAUACUGGGUUACCCCAUGCCCCUAAGGUUACUGGGUUUCCGCAAUGUUCUGGACAUGGUGAAGGAAAUGCCCGAUGUUGUGCACUUGGAAUUCCAAAUGGAUGGCAACAUCAUUUUGAAAGCCAUUGGAGAUGAAAGCACCAAAGGUAUUGAAGAGCUGGUGUCCAAGCAACGUGACCACAAACCCAAACCCAACAAAGGGAAGAGAAAACCAGGGACUUUCCAAAUCCGUUACCCGCACCACCAGACAGUUAUUCUCCCUCGCCGUGGCCAGAUUAAACCCACCCUGCCAGCGCAGCUACGCAGCCAACUAAAACAAUUACUAUCUCAUGGCCCGGUCAGACUAUCAGAGCUGGAGUCCAGGUAUAUGGCACAGUUUGGAAGGCCGCUCCAGAUAACACAGUAUGGCUUCUACUCCAUUUCUGAAAUGCUGGCGACUGCCACGGACUUCAUAGUCACACAGCAAAGUCGCACUGGAUCUCAGUUGCUUCUGAGAAGUCCUGUCUCGCCACAAAAACAGACAUAUAAUCUGAUGUCAAGUCCUUCCAAGCAGUUGGCAUCUCCUUUUGGGGCAAAGGAGAAGCCAGUGACAUUCAGUCCUAAAGCAUCGACACCACCAGAGCAUGAGAAAAACCAUCAAGAUUCACAGAUCUUCUCUGCCGUUCCAUCACCAGAUGCCACAAAGGGAGAUCAGUCUUUUGAAGAAAAAGUUUUAAAGCUUGAGGAGGAGCUCAGACAGAAGAUUUUUGAGAAGGGCACUGCUGGCACUGUCAAUCGCGAGCUGAAAGAUAAGCUACGGAAGGUUGUAGCUGAAAAUAGCAAUGGAAUCUCCAUUCACAAUCUCCCAAAAGAAUACAAGAGAAUGUAUGGUGAGGAGUUGCCGUUGGCUCAAUGUGGCUUUCUGAGUGUGACAGAGAUGGUUGGAGCUUUGAGUGACACGUUCUCCAUCCAACCUGGCACGAAGGAGGGCAAAAACCACUGGAUUGUCAUGGAGUUCAAACCGAAUGACACACCACCCACUGAACCUGAAUUAUCCACGGGUCACGGCACCACUUCCAGUCCAGCAGCCGAAUCACCGAAUCCCUCCAGGAAAGCCUAUUACUUCAGCUGUACUGAGUCUGCCUGGGAGCGAGAUGAGACUGAGCAAUCCACAGACUCCCAAGAGACUGAUACCGAGCUCAGAGUCACCAAUAAGACCAUUCAUCAGAUGGUGGAUCUUUUCCCGGAGUUGAUGGUGAACCAUGGUGCGGUGAUUCCUCUGGACGCAGUGCGCUGCCAGAAGCUGAAGCCUCCCACUCGCAGGAAGGAGAGAGAGCUGGUGCCAGUGCUGGUGGAGCAGGCAGCGUCUCCCAGUCACUUCUAUAUUCGCUUUAGCCAAAACAAUGAGGCCAGAGCCCUGGAGAACAUGAUGAUUGAAAUGAGAAGCUGUUACUCGUGCCCAGAUCUGACGGAGAGAUACCGGCUGCCUGAUGCUUAUGUGCGGCUGGGUCAGGUGUGCUGUGUGGCCCCCAGAGACAUGUGGUUCUACCGAGUGGUAAUCCAUGAGGUACUCAGUCCUACUGAAGUCAAGGUGUACUAUGUAGACUUCGGAGACAUCACCAAAGUGGAACGGAACAGCCUCCGAUUUCUCAAAGCUUGUUACGCUGACCUCCCGGCCCAGGCUGUCCCAUCAGUGUUAGCUGGAGUUCGGCCCAUCACGAGCAUUUGGACUCAGAGUGCCAUAACCUUUUUCCAGAGGAUGUGCUGUGAGCACACUCUGGUGGCCGCUGUACACAGCUACCAAGAGAACUUCCUGUUGCUUUUCUUGUGCGACACGAACACAGAGGAGGAUGUUUACAUUCACCUCGCCCUACAGAAAGAGGGUCACGCCCUUCCAUGCUCUUCUGCUUAUGGAUUGGGAUCAGGAAAGUUCAGUCCAUUGAGCUUUUACCUUGGAGAUGAUCAGCUUGAGGACCUAAAUGAGUCUGUUGCACCUUCCACACCUUCUCCAGAUACCAAAAGUGGACAGAACUCUGAGGUUCAAUCUAGUGGAAGUCCUUCUCUGAGCUCCCCUCAAGCAUUUUUUGGCUCUGAGAAUGGAGAAAAUAACUGCCCCUCCAAAGAUGUGGACCCAGUCCUGGAUCUUCCAGAGCUGGAGUUUAUUAGUGUUCCUGAGGUCAACAAUGCAGAUAAAAGGGAGCAAGUAAAUCCGUUUGAGGUUCUGCAGGGUAAAGACCCAUCAUUUUGCAGUGAAUGGGACCAGGGAUGGACAGCAGAGAACAAAACAUAUAAGAUGAAUCUUAAACCUGACAUCCAGACAGAAGAUGGAUUAAAAUCUAAGCUAGAGUCCUCUGCUCCAACUGUUCAAGCAGUGUUAAAUGAACCUCAGAGAGGUGGAUCUAAAGGUGAGUUGAAGCCAGUCACAUCAAGAUGCAGCAGUCCCCACACUCCCAGCCUGAUGCAGAUCAACUGCAGCCAUGCAGGUGUGCCUGUUUAUCCGGUCCUGCCUCCACUCUCUAAUUUCAUGUUGCGUUUGUUCAACACUUCAGACAGUCUGUGUUCAAAUUCUCCAUUCCAACGCCACACGUCUCCGUUAGCACUGAGACCAGCUGCUCGCCUGUCUGCUGGGGCCAACAUCCUCAACUGGUGUUCCAACCAAACAGUCUGA